GGUGUUCGAUUACUCUAUAAAACGGGAUGUCGCGAUUUUUUGAUCAUUAUCGAAUUAUGGAUCUUCUGACGAGCAACCGCGACGCGAAGACAAUCCUGGAUCGAUUGAAUAUUGAUUUAAACCGGAAGUUACGUUUAAUCGAAAUCGCGAAGAUGCACGCCAUGCAGAUGCAUGAUUAUAAGAUCAAAUCGAUUAUCGCAUUCCAAAAGUCUAUGUUACGUCACAGUGGCCCUUGUUGCUCCGCUCUGCCAUCUAGCGAAAGCGAAGCGAAGAAAAUAAGGGAUACUUUCUCGUUCAGCCCCCGCAUGACGUUUGGUACAACUGAUUAUUACGUAGGUCUGACGUCACGAGUUGCACGUCACGAGUACUGCUUAAACUACGAUGCUGAUUACGUCAUACGACGUCAUAAUGCAAAGAAAAAAUUGACCUGGCCUCCGGUGUAGCGCACUCGCUUAAAUUUACUGCAGAACAAUCAUCGCGACUUCUCGAGCUCAUAAUCAUUAAAUCAUUGUGACGUCACAUAAAGCGGUCGCGUUGAUCUUGUGUGUUCAAUUAUAGAACAUUUCAUUGUUUUGUAAACAAUAGCGAUAACCAACGAUCGUUAAACGUCGGUGUCGCGUAAAUAACAAUCGAAUAAUUUACGUCAUAAUCAUCAUUGUUUAACAACGAAGCAUUCCGCGCGCGCUGAAAGUUUUUCUGCAUUCUACUAUUUCAAAACAAAGAUCAUUAUGACGUAACAAUUAGCGGUUUUUUCAAUCGGCCGCGACAAAAAUAUCUCGAACCCAAAAUCGGAGCGUCAACCUCAAAUAAAAGUAAAUAUGACCUUGGUGUCAUCUUUUCUAAGGUUCCAGCCACCCGUGUUAUAACAGGUGGCAUCGUUUACCUCCGUGUUUUUAAUGCUUACGUUUACGUUAUGGCUACUUAGCAUUGUGAGAAUGCACUGCAGCAUUGUGUGCGGUUAUGUGUAUAUGUGCAAUAUAGUGGUCACUUAUCGGUUGUGCGUGUUUGUUUUUAUGUUAAAAUAUAGAAUUUUUGGUGUUUUUUUUGGUGGGUACACCGUGUGUGUCUGAUGUAUA